GGGAGCUCUUUGACUAUAUCUAAUGAAGUACUUUGUUCCUAACGCCGACCCGUUUCUUGUGCAGAGGUGAGUCUUGUUACAGCGCAGCACUGUACUCAUCAAAAUGGACGGUUCAAAAGUUGUCUUUGCAAAGCCAGGAUAAAAAUGUUUUAGUCUGUAAAUAUGGAAUGCAGUAAUAUCGUGUACAUAUUAGUUUGCGAUGUUCAGUAGGUUUUGUCCUGUGUUUCAUAAAUCUUGAAGGCUUCCGUAGGGCGUGUAGGGAAAGGAAUGCAAUCCGAGCCUCUCUGCCUCAUGCCAGUCAGCCUCAGGCUGUGCUCUGCCGGGAAUCUGAUGGAGCAAGAGCAGCCUCAGGAGGUUCCAAGUCCUCCUUUAUAAUUGACUACAUGGUGGAUAUCCACCGAGGUGGAAAGGCUGUAGACAGUUCAUUAGUUCAGGUGUCAUACGUGGGUUGUUUUACAACUCGGAUUUGUCUCUUCUUCUAAAUUCUACAUCUCUGAACUCGGCGAAUCCGGCAGAAUUGGUUGCUGUGUGCGUGAGGAAGGGGAAGUAGGAGAGGGACGUCUCCAGGCCAGAUCCUAAAGCUGGCGCUGGGACUCUGCGGUGCAACGGCGAUGGUUCUGCAAUUCGAGUGGGCUGUGCUGUGGUGCAUUGUGGUUGGCGUGCUCUGCUGCUCGUUGCAGGUGGAUGACCCCGAGGCCAGGCGACUCUUCCAGCAGAUCAUCUCUGCUGUGGAUUACUGUCACAGGCACAUGGUUGUCCAUCGUGACCUGAAACCUGAGAACGUCCUGCUAGACGGCAGCAUGAACGCCAAGAUCGCCGACUUCGGGUUAUCUAACAUGAUGUCUGAUGGAGAAUUCUUGAGAACAAGCUGCGGCUCUCCCAAUUACGCUGCACCCGAAGUCAUUUCCGGCAGGCUGUACGCUGGACCCGAGGUCGACAUCUGGAGCUGCGGGGUCAUCCUGUAUGCCUUGCUCUGUGGGACCCUGCCCUUCGACGACGAACACGUGCCCACCUUGUUCAAGAAGAUUCGAGGAGGGGUGUUUUACAUCCCGGAGUACCUGAACCGCUCUGUGGCUAGCCUUCUAAUGCUCAUGUUACAAGUUGACCCUUUAAAGAGAGCUACAAUAAAAGACAUCAGGGAGCAUGAGUGGUUCAAGCAGGACCUGCCUGGCUAUCUGUUUCCUGAGGACCCUUCUUACGAUGCCAAUGUGAUUGAUGAGGAGGCAGUGCGGGAGGUGUGCGAGAAAUUUGAGAGCACCGAAUCAGAGGUGAUGAGCAGCCUCUACAGUGGCGACCCCCAGGACCAGCUGGCCGUGGCAUACCACCUGAUCAUCGAUAACCGUCGCAUUAUGAACCAGGCCAGUGAGUUCUACCUGGCCUCCAGCCCUCCGACAGGCUCCUUCAUGGAAGAAGGAAUGCCCCUGCCUCCUGGUGUGAAGCCCCACCCAGAGCGUAUGCCCCCAUUGCUGGUGGACAGUCCCAAGGCCCGCUGCCCCCUGGAUGCCCUCAACACAACCAAGCCCAAGCCACUGGCAGUGAAGAAGGCCAAGUGGCACCUGGGUAUCCGCAGCCAGAGCAAACCCUAUGACAUCAUGGCUGAGGUUUACCGGGCCAUGAGACAGCUGGAAUAUGAUUGGAAGGUGGUGAACCCCUAUCACCUGAGGGUGCGCAGAAAGAACCCGAUAACAGGAAACUUUGUGAAGAUGAGCCUACAGCUCUACCAGGUGGACAACCGCAGCUACCUGCUGGAUUUUAAGAGUAUUGAUGACGAAGUCACGGAGCAGAAGUCGGGCUCCUCCACACCCCAGCGCUCUGGCUCUGCGGCGGGGCUCCACCGGCCCCGGCUCAGCAUCGACUCUGCUUCCACGGCCGCCGUGGAGGUUCCCCUUCUGAGCAGCUCCCUGCCGGGGUCCCUGACGGGCAGCAUGCCAAUGCUGGCACCGCGUCAGGGCAGCCACACCAUGGACUUCUUUGAGAUGUGUGCCAGCCUCAUCACCACACUGGCACGCUGAGGCUGCCCAACCAGAACCUUGGGCACCACCUGCUGCUAGCGUGGGAGGUUUCGGCAGCAGGGACACAACGUGUCACACUAGUGGGAAAUCCAUGGGCUGUAACUCCAAUUUAUGACCCCCUUUUGCUGAAUGCCAUCUAUAGCAAUGCAUGGGCAUAAUCCCCUCUAAGGCUAGAAAUAUAUUCACUAUUUUAUUUCUGGCUUUAUAUAUACUUAUGUAUAUUUAUAUUGCAGUAUCACCUAAUUUUGCCUGUUAGUGACUUGAUUUCUGAAUAAUUGGAAUGUCACACCACAGAUUUUAUGUAUGCAUAAAAUGAGACUUAGACAGGUCAGAUAUUUUUAUUUAUUUUUGCUACUUGUUUUAUAGGCACCUCAUUACUCAUUAUUUAAGUACUGUCCUGAGGUUUCAGGUUCUUAUAAAGUGCAGUAAUCGGUAUCUAAAGUGUAAGCUUUCAGACUGGUAAUGUUUUGGGUGAGGAGAGCACGAUAUCAAAAAGCCAGUACAGGCUGCUUCCAAGCAUCCCAGGAUGCGGCACUCUUUUCAGAAGUCGGCCCUCUUGAAGGUGUUUUGGAUGGUAGGUCCUGACCAGGACAUGGUUAUAAAGCUGGUACCUUUAUAGAUGUUACACCAGUCCGGUUUCCAUUUGUCACGUAUUUGCCUAACAGAGUCCCUGGGACCCUUGUGUCUACGAAAUGGUUUUUUUCCCGACGCUGAUGAUUGACCAACUAACAAAAUAGGCCCGUUGGGUUAUUUCGACAAGUUCUGAUAAAUAGCAAAGUGUUUGUCACACCUGUGGAGCGCUCAGUAUGUGGAAAGGUCUUUGUUGGAUUAGUUUAGGGUCAGUCGCCUUCCUCUCUCAUGACGCUGUAGUUGGGGUCAGUGCGGCAGGGGAAGACAGGACUCAACGCUGGGGAUCCUACGGAGGCGUUCAGUUCGACGAAAACUAAGCAGCAGCUUCGUUGUGUGACAGUUAAAUAUUUUGCCCUGAAACUCAACUUCUUCAAUUAGUUAAACAAUGUGAACAGAAAUGAAACCGAUGGGCAGUUGAACAGCUUAAGAUUUUUCUAAAUUUUCAUAGUUGAAAGCAGGUACCUCCGUGCUCCUGCUGUAAAUUAUUUCUAUUAAAUUACAGCAAUUUUUUGCCAUGUCCAAGAGCGGUAAAAACCUGUUUGCUGUUUCCCAGAAGUUACGGUUUGAUAUGGUGCAUGUUAGCUGAUCGUUAAAAAAGUAAAAGCCAAAGAGAACCACUUAGAACACUGAAACCUUUCUCCAGUUGCCUUAUAGCAUACAUCUUUUUUAUGAGAAUAUUACCGUCAGGCACAUUCGUGUUACGAUAGAUCUGUUUAUUAGUGCAAUAUAUUUUAUGUAACCUCACUUCUCAGAACUUACUGUGAAUUGAUUGCGAUCACAAGGCGGGAGGGUGUAAGUCGGGAAAACAUUUUUAAGCAGAGUGCGGUUUUGCGCCAACAUCUGCACGGACAAUUCAGAUUACAUCUAGGACUGGAAAUAAGAGGAUAUGUCCGGGUGAGGUUGUCACGGUGGGAACUACUUGUCGAGAAACUAGUGACGGAACGUUGAGCUGGAAGAAGAUUUCCAGGACUCGGCGACGUUAUCGACAAGCUGGCUAAUUGCCAGGAAACAUGAGCCUAAGCGCAAAAAUUAAUCAUAAUACUGUCAGGACAUUUCAAGAACAGGACCAGUAGUUGGUCUCCACCCAAUAAUUUCACUUUAUCGCUUGUCUCUUGAAGGAGAUGACUCAACCAGUAGUAAAAGAGGCCAGUUCUUUAAUCCAUUUCCUUGGUGGUUUGCCGCACAAGUCUUCCUGUACAUUUCUGCCACCCUUCCAAGUACUGUAUAAAGUGGGGGAUACUUCUCUUGAAUGCAUGAAGUUGCGUGUUACUGUGUUUUUUUUUUUUUUUUUUUUUUUUCCUUUUUUCUUUUUUCUAAAACCCUGCUGAUUUGUAUAGUGACUAAGCUGAAGUGAUGCUUUUGUCCUUUAAAAAAGAAUGUAAAAAGUCUGGAACUUUAGCAGUUGCUGAAGUGUGCUGUAAAAUCCUGUCCAUGUGACUUGAAUCUCGUGGCCUCCUCACGGCCUUGCCUUGGCAGUUACGGUCAACGUGUCUCUGUCCAUCUCUCACAGUGUGUUACAAGAAAAGCCCCAGGUGUAUUUGCUUUUUUGUUGUGCGCUGAUAAUCAUACUGAGAUUUGAUACGGUGUAUUCAGCUCCAGUGUAAUGUAUAUUGUAUUAUAUGUAGUCAGGCAACAGUACCCGUGUGUGUGUGUGUGUGUGUGUGUGUGU